AUGGAGCAAAUGCGUGCGGAUAUUGAAAUGCUGAAAAAACGUAGGGAAAUGCUUAGCAAGGAGAAAAACUUGCUGGAAAAGUAUGAAGCUUUGAACAAAGAACGUCGAAUUCUAGAAUGUGCCAUACUGGAAAAGGAACGAUCCGAACUGAUCGCAGAGAACGACAGAGUGAAACAUGGCAGAAUUGCGUUGGAGGAAAAGCAACAAAAUCUUAAGAGUCAACGACAAAUAGCACAAGAAAAUGUCUCUGAUAUCAAAAAGAAACUACACACAAUUGCAAAGGAACUCGAAAUCGAAAAGCAAAGAAGCACUGAAUUAUCCAAAGCACACAAUGCAUUGGAGAAGAAAAGCGCAAUCUUGGAGCUCAAGCUGGCCGAUAUUCUAGAGGAGCAAAAGCGAGAAAAAGAGCUGAGGGACGAGGUGAAUGAAACGAUGAACAAAUUGAACAGUCAAAUUGAAAGCGGUGAGGAGGAAUUGCAGAAUAUAACCAUGCAACAUGGCCUCCUGAGUAAAGGCGAGGCGGUACUAAAUGAAAGGUUGGCAAAAUUACAACAGCGCCGUAAUGAGUUGAUAGAUAAACUCAGUCGUAGAACCCAGUUUUCUUCACUCAACGAUCGUAAUCAUUGGAUUAAGGCGGAGCUCAAAACCAUCGAGGAAAAAAUAAGAGAGAAGAAAAAUGCCCUACAUCAAACUAUGCAAAAACUCGAACAAAACAGUACUAGACUUCAGGCAGAAAAGCAGUUGUUGGAACAACAUUCGACAUGGUGUGAUGAAUUGAAAUUAGAGUUGGACAAGCGUAAAAUCAAUUUAAAUGAGAUGAUCGCUGGUCGUACACAUUUGCGAACGGUCAUUACGGAGUUAUUAAAUGAAGAAUCAACGCUGAUGGUUGACCUAUGCUCAAGCAAGGAAAAAUUGUCUAUUGUUAAUGGAAUGCUUCGCAAGAGGAUCGGCAAAGCUGCGCAGAUAGGGUGCGAAUCGGUGACCAAAGUGUUGGAGAUGUUUCGUUCGGAGGGUAUUUCGAAACAACAUAUUAUUGAUGGAUACUAUGGACUAGUUGUAGAUAAUGUUGAUUGUGGCGACAAUAUCAGCCAGGCGUUAGAAGUAACAGCCGGUGGCCAACUGUUCUAUCAUAUAGUAGAAAGCGACCACAUUUCGUCGCAGCUGUUGCAGAAAUUCAAUGAACGUAAUAUGCCAGGAGAGUUGCACAUCAUGCCAUUAAAUCGACUUGCGAGCCGCACGCGGCAAUACCCCGAUGAUGAAGACUGUACGCCACUGAUUACAAUGUUGCGAUAUGAUCCGAGAUUCGAACGAGUUUUCCAGCACAUUUGCGGUAAAACGCUCGUCUGCGACGAUUUGGAAACAGCAACCCAGAAGCUGCAGCAGUAUCACUUCGAAUACGUAACAUAUGAGGGUGAUCAGGUACGUAGUAAUGGCCUUAUGAAGGGUGGACACCAUAAGCAACGCGUACCGCUAUCACAGCUCCACCGCGAUCGAAUAAAUAUUAGUGAAAAAAUAAUAUCCAUGGAAAGCAGGCUUUCCAGUGUGAGCGCCAUGUUAGCAGACAAGAAAAAGGAUAUCGAUAACUGCGAGCAAGAAAUUCUCCACCUAGAGAUGGAAAUCGUGAAACCUAGGCAGCAAAUUGAAGCAGCUCGCAUGAAGAAGCAAACGAUUCUGGAAAAGCUGCAAGACAUUAAGCAUCAAAUUACGAAUGAUGAAAGAAUGAUAAAGGAAUGUCAAGUUAAUAUUGUGCUGUCGGAUCGCAGAAAAGAAUGUUUAACAGAGGAAAUGCAGCUAGAUUUGGCUCAGGAAGAAUCGUCGCUAUGUGAUGAAAAAGAGAUACAACAGUUGGAUGAGGAUAUACGAGAACUAGGGCAGCAAAUUCAUGAUAUCUUUUCCGAGCGCAUACAGGUUGAAUUGCGACAAAGUAAGCUGGAUAACCUGUUGCAUACUAAUCUGAUACGCCAACGCGAUGAACUUAGAAAACCUGUUGAAGAGUCACUGUUUGCUAAACGUAUUGAAAAAUGCCGUCAGGAAAUAGAUACUUUAAAUACGAAAAGUCUCGCGAUUACUGAAAAGAAACAGAAAAUGGAGGAAAUUGCUACAUCCAAGGCAGAAGAAAAGAAGAAAAUCGUUCAACGUUUGAAAGCGAGUGUCGAGGAGCUAAAGAAUGUAGAGGAGCAAUUAAAACAAAACGAGCAGGCGUUGGUGCCUCAGGCCACAGAUAUGAUGUCGUUUGAGGAGAGAAUUCAACAAACCACAGACAUGAUUGCAUGUUUUGGAGUGUUGCCUGCGAUUAAUCAGGAAUAUUAUAAUCUUAGUCUGCCUGAUCUUAUGAAGCGACUCGAAUCUACCAAUAACCGUCUAAAGCGUUUUGGUCAGAUAAAUCAAAAGGCGAUGGAAGAGUUGGCAAAGCUAUCAGCAAACAUAGCGCACGAUGAGAUGUGUCUGGAAAAGUUAUACGCGGUAAAGGAGGAACUUGAGUCAACGUUCUGCCAGCUCGAUCGCCAUCAAGCUUCCUUCAUUGAGUCCAGCUUCACGAAAGUGAACCAUAACUUUAGUGAAAUGUUCCGAAAAAUUGUUCCCGAUGGGAAUGGCCAUUUGAUUUUGCAUACCAUCGAUUCUGUGGAUGAUGCCAGUGACUGCAACAAAAAUCAGUGCAGCUCUGAUCGAUAUACUGGCAUCAGCAUAAAUGUGUCUUUUGUUGGUGGCGAUGCUGUUGCAAAAGGGAUGAACCAACUUUCUGGAGGUCAGAAAACGGUUGCCGCGGUGGCGUUCAUAUUUGCGAUUCAGAAGUUCAAUCCAGCCCCCUUCUAUUUGUUCGAUGAAAUUGACCAAGCGCUGGAUGUACAGCAUCGAGCGCAUGUAGCUGCUGUUAUCAACGAAUUGAGCAAUACUUCGCAGUUCAUAACGACUACUUUUCGUCGUGAAUUUCUCCAAUAUGCCCAUCAAUUUUAUGGUGUACGUUGCCGAAACAAUACAAGCUACAUCGGGGUGGUAUCCAAGGAUGAGGCAUCGCAUUUCAUUAACGACUCCAUAAACGAAGAAGUCGUGAGUAGCAGUGGACACGUAAAUUAA